AUGAUACGUGUGGCAUGUGCCUUGAUACCUGGCAGCUGUUUGCCCAUAGCAGGCUUCUUCCAACUCAAGGUGGCCCGUUCACGCUUCGUGUCUCUGUGGGGCAGGCAUGGUCUUUCUGUGCGGAACACCUCGUGCUCAGGAUUUGAAGAUCAAUUGAAAGCCCAUGACCAGGAGAACCGGAAACUUGACGGCUGUCGCAGUCCUUGCGGAGGGGUUGUGGCAGGAGCGGUUGUGGCCGUCCCGUUCUCCGCGAUCUGUUUGUACAUCGAUUGCGGCGCCUCACAGCAUAGAGGCCUGAUGCAAGGAUAG